ACUAGUAAGCACUCACACAUACUCCAUAUUCUCCCCAAAUUUCUGGUUCAAUUGUCUUUCCUCUUCCAAGACAAAAACAUGGGUGUCACCACAUUUACCCAAGAGUUCCCCACCCUCAUCGCUCCAUCUAGAAUGUUCAAGGCUUUGAUUGUUGAUUCCCACAACCUCAUUCCCAAGAUUGCCCCUCAGGAUAUCAAGAGCAUCGAGUUCGUUGAAGGAGAUGGAGGAGCUGGAAGCAUCAAGGUUACCAACUUUGCUGAAGGUGGUCACUUGAAGUUUCUAAAGCACAAAAUUGACUUCCUCGACACGGAGAACUUGGUCUGCAAGUACACUCUAAUUGAAGGCGAUGUGAUCUUCGACAAGAUCGAAAAGGUCAUCUAUGAGGUUCAAUUCUUGGCUUCAAGCAAUGGUGGAUGCAUAUGUAAGAUGAUCAGUGAAUAUCACGCUAAGGGGGAUGUAGAACUCAAUGAAGAAGAUAUCAAACGGGGCAAAGAAAAGGCUACGGGACUCUACAAAGUUAUUGAAGAGUUCCUAUUGGCAAACCCUGAUGCCUAUGCAUAAAUUGCGUCUUCUUUUGCCAGCUCCAUGAUGCGUCAUUUUGCCCUAAUUUGCCCUAUUUGUCGCUACAAGGGAUAUGCGAGUGUGAUCUAUUAUAGUUCUAAGUGCGAUUGAAUUGUAAUUCUAGGUGUAAUUGAAUAAAUUUGCAUUUGAAUGGUUGAUGUUC